AUGAGGCCUCAAGCAAUUGCUACAUCUCUUGCGCUGUUUUCUGUCCAAGCAGCAGCACAUACCAUCUUCCAAGAACUCUAUGUCAACGGAGUCUCUGCCGGACAUCUGAAAGGCAUUCGCUACCCUAAUUAUGAUGGCCCGAUCACCGAUGUGACUAGCAACGAUGUUAUUUGCAACGGUGGACCCAACCCACUUGUCACUCCAUACGAUAAGACUAUCAUCAAUGUUCCCGCAGGAGCCACGAUUACCCAUGAAUGGCACCAUACUCUGACUAGCGCUGGCACUGGUGACAUCGAUGAUCCUAUUUCUGCUGGUCACUUGGGACCUGUUAUGGUUUACUUGGCCAAGAUUCCCGAUGCGACCCAAGAGUCCGUUACCGGUCUCAAGUGGUUCAAGAUUGCCGAGGAUGGAUUGGACUCCAAAGGAGAGUGGGCCGUGACUCGCCUCUACAACAACGGCGGAAAGGCUAGCGCGGUGAUUCCAAAGUGUAUCCCUUCAGGAAAUUACCUUCUCCGUGCGGAAAUUAUCGCUCUCCAUGCGGCUGGCUCGUACCCGGGUGCUCAACUCUACAUGGAGUGCGCACAAAUCAAUGUCACUGGGGGUGGGAAUGCAUCUCCGGCUACGAUUUCAUUCCCUGGAGCAUACUCUCCUACUGAUCCAGGAAUCACUAUCAACAUCUAUUAUCCUCCAGUGACAAAUUAUACCAUCCCAGGGCCUCGUCCCUUCACCUGUGAUGGGGCGAGCACUACUCCAGUCACUACGUCUGUAACCUCACCUGUGACUACUACCACUAGCAAGCCUGCUACCUCGACCACCAAAGCUUCAACCACCACGUCUGCUCCGGCUUCUACGCCGACCGUAGGUACUGUUGCGAAGUAUGGCCAAUGUGGCGGAAUUGGAUGGGCGGGAGCCACCGCCUGUGUAUCUGGGUCUACAUGCACCAAGGUCAACGAUUAUUAUCACCAAUGCAUUUAG